UUGUAGGGUGGACUGUUUGCCGCUUCCCCACCAAGAACACCAUUUGGUUUCCCCCUGGCUGGGUCUCUACUUAGGUACGCUUCAUGAACUUGCCUGGUCCAGCUGGUUCCUGCUCACUGACUUCCCUCAGGUCAUCAGGUUUAUGAAAGAUAAGCAUUUUGAGUGUUGGAUCAUGCCAUCUCUCAUCUGACAGCCCUGCUAAGGUGGAAAGUUUUAACUGCUGGGCAGAACCAGGCUGCUGGAAGAGUCAGGAGAGGCCUGAAAGAACAAACAGCAAGCAGCAGAGACACUUGACAAUGAAGAAGGGCUCUGGAGAAGUGGGGUUCCAGGACACAUUGGUGGUGUCAUCUGCCCAGGGAAGUCAGAUGGGCAGUGAUGACAGUGAAUACAAGCAUGAAAGGAAGUUCUGAAACUCUAUAUCCUAAAGCCCAGAGAAGCAGGCACCUGCAACCCCCACUGCUGUAGCAGAGGAGAGAAAGACCUACUUUGCAAUUACAUCUGAUCAUCAGGAAGACCAGAAGGUUGCAGCUACCCCUUCCAGUAUUAUCACUCAGGAGCAACUACUGAUUGACCAGGGACACUCUUCCCAAGACCAGAGAUUCUCUUCCCAGCUGGCAGAAGAUGCAGGGGAAUAAGAAGUGUACAGAUGGGUUCAGCGACACCUCCAGUAUUGGCAGUGUGCUAGAUGAUGCAGACAGGGAGGUGAGCAGCCUCACGGACCGGGCCUUCCGGAGCCUUUGCAUCUCAGAGGACACAUCUUUCAAUGACUCUGACCCGGCCCUGUCUCCAGAUGUUACUCACCAUGUAUUUGGGAACUUUCACUCGGGAACAGUGAGCCACACCCAGAGAAAGAGUGGCAUCUGGAGCCAGUUACCAUCCCAGGGUACCGAGCAUGCAGGCUGGGCUGCCACCUUACAACAGCAGCCCAAGUAUGUGCAAGGGGAGGAGAAGUACCCUAAAAGCAGCCCCCCACUGAUGCCAGCUCAGGGGAGACUGGAGGUGCCCAUUUCUGGCCUGAGAAGCAGUACCAAGCCAAUUUCCAAAGUGUCAUCCCUAAUUAAAUCUUUUGACAGUGCAGAGGGCCAACACUGUGACAGCAGGUCUUCUACAAGCAAGCCCCCAGCUCUCAGAAAUCCCCCCAAAUUUGCCCCUCUUCCAGACAACGGAGUCAACUUCUGCUUUGACUCUGCUUUUCUGACUGUCAGGAGGGUGCCUGCUGAGGUGUCCAGCACCCACCAGAAUAGCCACCAGCCUGUCAGGAAACAUGGGGAGCAGGAGACCCCCAGGAACCCCGAAUCAGCCUGUCAUGGCUCCAGCAGCUUCCUCCCAAGUCCUGAAGACCAGGCCAGCUCCUUUGGGCCAAAGUUCCCCUCUCCACCCCACAAGCCAGGCCUCAGUGAGCCGGGACUGGGCAAGGAGAGAACUCAUAAAGGGACCUUCCUCCACAGUGAAAACAGUGCCUUUGAGUCAUGGAAUGCCCAUCAGCCAAGGCUUCUGGAGAGAAAAGAUAGACCUGACACAGUCACAGACAUCAAAGUCCCCAAACACUACAAGGACACACCAUCCCUGCUCAGAGAUCACCAUGUUCCUCAGCGUCAAAUCUCUCCCAGCCAAAUUCGGGCAGGCUGUAGUCAGGAAGAGCACAGGCUAGUAGGAAGGGCUCUCUCCACAUCAGGACACUGGGGAUCUCAGGAUCCAGGCCCUCAAAUAUUCUCAAUGGAGGGACAAGCUUCCGGCUCCCAGCAUGAUCCUCAACUGAAGCCAUCACAGGCUCCAUGGAGGAAACCUAAGACCAGCAAAGGAGGCCCUCGAGGGAAAGAAAGUCAACAAGAUGCCUCUGAUGAAAAGAAGCACACAGGCAGAAAAGACCCAGUCUUGUAUACCAAGCACAACCCUCAGGGGAAAUUUCCAGAAAAUGAAGCUCUUGACAUGCCAGUGGAACCCAAUGAACAUUACAAUCCCCCUUUCAACAUCAGUAAGCUUCUGACCCCUGUCAUCCCCACCAAACAUAACCUGGAUUCUGACAGCCAGCCAGUGGAACUAAGCCCAUCACCUCCAGGACAGCUAAAUGGAUACCAUGAGAAAGAGCCCAGUGAAGGUCAGUCUAGGGAUAGCUACAAAUCCAAAGCCCCUAGCCUGCUGUUCAACCUCAAGGAUGUGCGAAAGUGUGUUAAAAGCACAUACAGCCCCUCACCUCUCUUGAAAGGUCUGGAUGACAAGACCAGAGGUAAGCAAGAAACUAUGACAAAUGGCAUCAUUCUUCCCAAUGGUCAUGAUGAAAGUCCUCUGAAUGAACCAUCAAAGGAGAGACCAGCUGACAACCCUUCCACACCACACAUCAAUACCCAGCAAGACCCUGAAAGUAAUUCUGAUACAAUGGCCACAGACCACAAUCCAAAUGUCAGCUCACUACCAACUAAGGCCAAAGCCCCCUUCUAUGUCAAUGGUGAGGCAGCUGAUGGAAACUGCUAUGAUAAGGAUGACAACAAUGGAGAGUCAGACAUGGAUGUGACAAGGCCCAGCUGGGGUUCAAGAUCCAAGGAACACUCCCCUAAGAAGAACCUGUCUCUAAAGCUGUGCUCUAGAGAGUCUGAGAUAGGAGUGGUUGCAGAGAAUCAAAAGAUCCCUGAACUCGAGAAUGAGUUCUUGAGAUCUGUCUCUCAAGAGGAAGAACCUGGGAGAGAGGCAAGGCUUCAGAAUCCCAACUUCAACCAGAAAUUCUCCCCUGGGCCCCUCUCUCCUGAGGAGGAAGAUGUGUUUUAUAGUGACAGCCAGUCUGAUUUCAUGCCGAGCCUCAAGAGUAAGGCCAAGUUCAGUACCAGCUCUUCAGAUCAGUCCUUUGCCUCAUUUGAGGAUCAGCAGCAGAAGAUGUGGUUCACCGAGAGCCAGCAGGAAGGCAAGAAGAAUGAUGUGAGUGCAGGUGACAGUCAGAAGGACGAAGAGAACAUCAUGGGGAAAGAUGAGCCGCAGUAUGGCACUGCCUUAAGUAAUGGGCACACAUAUGUAGAGGAGCUCAGCCAGAAGGAACCAUUGCAAGGAGAAGGAGGAAGUUUGUCUAGGGGUAGAACCAGGAAGGCAUCGAGCGAGGAAGCUAAUUUCAGAGCCAGCCAGGUGGGGGCUAGUAAGGAGAUGCUACCAUCACAUGCCAAAGACCUUAUCCCCUCCUUGUCAGCAGCAGCAAACAAGCACCCACUGUUUGCAAUUAAAGACAACACCCUCAGGGCCACCCCUGUGAUAAAGCCCAUCCUGCUGCCCCUCCUGAAGGCCAUGUCCUCAGAGGACUUGCCUGGUGGUGGUCACAAAGAAGGGGACUUGCCAAAGCCAGGCUGGCAUGAGGAUGCUGGGCUCUGUGCCCCAGAGAGCCAGGUGGUAUGCGGCACUCCCACAUCUGCUAGCAUGCGGGGCACACCCUACAAGCGUGUGGCCUGUGAGGGUGUGGAAGACCACAGGCAGGUGCCCAGCAUGGCCAGGAUGGAGACCUGCCAGUCAACUCCAAUGAGAAGUGUCCCAUCCCCUCUAUUCCUGGGGGAGGAUGGAGGGGCAAGGCCACCCCCUGCAGCUAUAGGCAAAGAGGUGGAAAAUGAUGGCAAGAGCAUUUCCCCAGGAGUUCCAAGGCCUGUCCCCACAAUCACCUUGCCUGAAGGGCACUUUGAAGACCAGCCACCCCCACCACAAGUGGGAACCUGCUGGGAAGAGCAGAGGCAAGACUUCCAAAGUCAUUUUUUGUCUGCACCCAGAACAGGGCCCCAUGGGCGAAGACUGGCCCCUAGUGAGGCUGCAGUUUCCCCUAAUGCCAGCUCCCUGGAGGAGAGUAGCCUGUAUUCCCCUGCUGCCAGCAUCAUUUGGGAUGAGGCCUCCCAGGCCCCCAGCGAGCUGGGCCUACCACCAGAGGAGCCUCCCCAUACCAGGCCCUGGGCUAGCCCUGGGUUGGCUAGAGCCUCCCGGAGGGAGGACCUGACACACACCCUGGUGUGGGAGGCUGGCUGUGACCCUCAGCUGGAGGCAGCAGCAGAAGAUCUCAGGAUGCUUUCACCCAGGAACGCUUUGCUGGAAGCAGCUGCCAGCUCUGUAGGCCUCACAAGGAAACAGGACCCUCCUCUUCAGACUGAAAGGACUGCAGGCAAGCCACCUGCAGUCCCACCCAAAACAGAGAAGGCCCUGAGGCGAGCCAAGAAGUUGGCCAGCAAGAGGAGGAAGACUGAACAGAUACAGGAAAAGGAGCCCUGUGAAGAAAAGCCUCACCUACAGAACUCAGAGCAUAGGCCACUGUCCCCCAGAGAGAGGCCCCAACCCAGGUUCCCAGCAGUCCGGUCCCUGCCCCCGCCCAUGCACCGCCACUCUGUGUCCACCUUCUCAGAGCCCAUUAGGAGGCGGUCUAGGACAUCCCAAGCCCUGACACCCCUUCCCACUUACCCUGCCACCCAGAAGGUCCUCCAGGACCCCCAGUCUGGAGAGUACUUUGUUUUCGAUCUGCCACUCCAGGUGAAGAUCAAGACCUUCUAUGACCCAGAGACAGGCAAAUACGUCAAGGUCUCGAUUCCCACCUCUGAGGGGGGUUCUCCUGAGUCCCCCCCACCAGACACACUCUCUACUCCCUAUGUGCUCUACCCAGGCUUCCGAGCCUUGCCAGUGACAGCCUUAACACCUCUGCGCUGCUCCUCUCAGCUCUCUGCCCCCACCUUCCUUAACCAAGACCCCCUCACCUCUGAAGCAGUGGGUCCCCGUGUAACCUCUAUGGAGUACUCUGCAGGGGAUGAGCUUUCUGAUGGGCCUCCCCAGAGGCUGGGAGAGGCUGAGGGAGAUGCCCCAGACCUAAGCAUCAUUUCCACCAAUGACCUAGAGGACUUUGCCUCCGAAGGCAUUUCUUGAGAAUUAAAACAGAGAAAAUCCCCAUCCCAAAUAAACCUAGCUGAGCUUAUUUCUUCCUCCUCCCCCCACCCCCACAUACACACCAAUUGAAAUCUUACAGUCCUAAAAGGAAGUAGGGACCUGAGAAAAUAAACCAGAUGAAGGACUCCCUGGCUGCCCUCCAGGAAGCAGCAAUUUGCAUGACUGGUCCCUUCCAGGAUCCCAGAUCUUCUAUGUCCACUCUCCCAACAGCUCAGAGGGCAGCAGCACCACCACCACCACCACUCCCACCCCCCAGGCAGUGUCCCAGCUCACCUCAGUGCAAAGGGCUCCCUCAAGGCAAUCUUGCAGCAACAUUGAUUUGAAUAGAAUGGGUUUUCUUUACUUGAGGAAUUUUGCCUCUGAAGGCUAUUUUCUGGAAAAGGCAACAUUAAAAAAAAAAAAAAGAAGAAGAAGAAAAGAAAAGAAAAGGAAAGAAAAGAAAAGAAAAGAAAAGAAAAGAAAAGAAAAGAAAAGAAAAGAAUGAAACAAGUUUGCAGAUUCUGUCCUGGACUCCUGUUGUUCUUCUGUGGGCAGUGGUGGGUCUCUGAGUGUAGGGCCAUGUGUGUCUCAUCACAGGUGACCAGCCAACCAGGGUCUUCAAGCCCACACAAGGCAGCCUCAGUACCAACUGCCUCCCCAGCAUCCCUCCUGGGUCCAUUCACCAUCUGUCCAUGCUUCCUCAGGCCAGCUGCAGAGGCCAAGGGGAAAAUUCAGUCCACCAUUAAGGAUGACCCCAGGGAAAUGAGUCACACCCUACGGUUCCAAUUUAGUUAUCAAUACAUGUGUUCUGUGUCAAAAGGAAAUUACAUCUUUUCCAAGUCA